UGAAUUUUGUGAUAAAUAUGCACUAGUUAUUGAAAUAAGUUAUACUGCAUGCAUCGAACCUAGACGAUUGCGUUUUCUUAGUCUUCAUGUGACUCACACGAGAAGGGUUAAACCUGUGCUUUUUUAAGCACUUGUUCCAGAUAUAACCAAACAAAUAUGAAGGACAAGACACAUAACUUGACAUCUGACAUAGCUCAGAAAGUAUGGUUCAAAUACAUCCUUUCCUGCUGCUCGGCAACAUGUGCUGAACUGGUUACGUAUCCCCUGGAUCUCACCAAGACCCGCCUUCAAAUCCAGGGAGAGGCAGCUCAGGGAAAGGCGGCGCCAUACCGCGGGUUCCUGCGCACGGCGGCGGGCAUAGUGCGCGAGGAGGGCGCUCGCCGUCUGUGGCAGGGCGUCACACCGGCCAUCUACCGCCACCUCAUCUACACGGGGGUCCGAAUGAAUGGCUAUGAGUGGCUGCGGGAUCGGAUCGCGCCCCCCGGCCGACCCCUGCCCGUCUGGCAGGCGGCCGGCGCGGGUCUGCUGGCCGGUGGGCUCGGGCAGCUGCUGGCCUCCCCGGCUGACCUCGUCAAGGUUCAGAUGCAGAUGGAAGGCCGGCGGCGGCUGCAGGGUCACAAACCCAGAGUGAAAAACGCCGCGCACGCGUUCCGUAAGAUUCUCCGCGAGGGCGGCGCGCGCGGCCUGUGGAAGGGCUGCGUGCCGAACGUGCAGCGCUCGGCGCUGGUGAACCUGGGCGACCUCACCACCUACGACUCGGUGAAGGCGCGCCUGGUGCGGGGCACCAACCUCGGCGACACGCCCGUCACACACUUCCUGGCCAGUGUGGCCUCCGGCCUCGUGUCGGCCACUCUGGGCACUCCUGCCGACGUUGUGAAGACUCGCGUUAUGAAUCAGCCCACCGACGCCAGUGGCAGGGGAACGCUAUACCGCAGCUCAAUCGAUUGUUUUGUGCGUCUGGUCCGAGAGGAGGGUCUAUUGGCCAUGUACAAAGGCUUCCUGCCCUGCUGGAUACGCAUGGCGCCCUGGAGUCUCACCUUCUGGUUUACCUAUGAGAAUCUACGGAAACUGGCCGGCACGGAAAGCUUCUAGCGACGGUGGGGAGAGAGGAGGGAGCAGAAAGAAUGGUCUGUUAAAACAAUGCCGACUCGGAGAAGUAUCUCAUGGCUUCAGCCAUCAUACGUCACAGACCUCUCAGCCGAUUUGCAGCAUUACAGGGACCCACCGUUAGUGGAUAUUCAAUUGGCCGAGAUUUCUGACCAGCCAGUGACUAUAAAAUGUUAGGGGGAACGUUUUAUACCGGACCUAAUAACUAUUUAUGUAAUAUGUAUCGAGCUUGUGUGAAAACCAGACUGUGCUACUUCAACAAUGCAAUUGUUAGGAUAAGUUUCGAAAGGCGUGUGUGUGGCUCAACGUCAUUUACUCGUUGUGUGGUGUGGUUGUGCAAUGUUUGUAUUUCAGAAGCUGGUGCAAUCGAGUUUGAAAUUAGUGUGCUUUGAUGGAUGUGUAUUGGAUAAUGAGCUCGGACCACAUUGGAAAGUGUAUGCAGUUAAUGUCAACGUUGAAUGCAAGUCCUGAAGCUUCGGUAAUGUCUUUCAAAGCUUGCCAUAUUUAAAACAAGUUGUCAAAUGUAAAAUGCCAGUUCUUAUUAUUCAUUGGAACGAGAUUUGGGCCGCACGAGGCAUUGAAUGAAUACUGAGGUGUAUUUUUGCUGCGAAUCCCAAUGUCUCGCACUAUUUUCAGCCCGGCCAGUUUUGAUUUAGCUGUUGGUUACAAUCUACAAUUACAAUUACAAUCUAUGUACCUACCUCGUAGUGUUGUAAUUUGUGUCAAGAGCGGACCGAAAUCACGAUUGCAUGGUCCAUUUGAGAUGCUGUCUUUUUGGAACGACGAUUGUACUAUUCGCAUCAUCGAUGUGUGAUUGCUCUGUGAACCGUUUGAUAGCCAAUACCCAUGUUGCGAUGUCGUUUUAUGUCAUGCUUUGUGGUAGCUACCGGAGACUCGUGGCGCAUUGUUUUUUAAGGUCGAAAUCCAUGGGAUUACAUGUUGUACGUCUGAGUUGUGAAUUUUGCGAAAUGUCGCCUGUGCGUAAACACUUAAUGAGCAAUGUCUACACAUUUUGUGGGAAGUGUGAUCAGCUAAACCGACUUCUGCCGGUCUGCGUGGUUUUUGUGCGAAAUAUGUGCCAUCAGUAACUCUGGCAGGGUUAUUCGGCCUGUGAUGAAGUUUUUAAGGAAUUCUGGUAGAAAUAUAAUGUGUGCAUACUGCAUGCUGAA